UAACUUCCACAUCCAUUUCUCUGUCUCCUGUUCUCCAACUGUCUCCCUGAACUCUCCUCCAGGCCGUUGCUUUUCGCCCCCCAGGGAGCUGCGAGUGUCCAUUGGUCUGCGCCUCCUGCUGCCAUGCGUCCAGCUGUCUCCCAGGCCCUGUAGCUGGGAGCAUCCUCCACACAGACACACCAGGCAGCACCGCUCUGACCUGGAGGUGACUGUCACAGAGGAAAACCUGGGAAUAUACACCUGCAUAUGCCAGGAGAUGGGACCAGGUCUCAGAGAUCCCGUCCCUUGCCAAAGAGCAGCCUAUCAACUGACACUAGAAGACCCCAUUGCUGGAGGAACAGUGGGGAGAGCUGGAAGUCGUCACAUCCUGGCUACAUACAUCCUUUGCUUCUUGGGAGGUUUACUUUUCGGUGUAUUUCUCCUAUACUUUACAACCCGGCAAUGCAGCACAGGCCGCAAGGGCCACCGCCUUCCAGAUAAUUCACUGUCGUCAGAGAAGGGGCGAGACUUGCUGGGCUCCUCAGCUACUCCGCAGUCCCCUAGCAGUGCCAGCUUGCUGUCUGAGGCAUUCCGGCUGACAGACAAACGAAAUGGGACGGCAACCACAACGACAAUGACCCUCCUCAGCAACCAGGGUAAUGGUAGCCACCAUGGUAACAGCUACAGCGGCUCCCUGAUCCGCAGCGACCCAAGCAAUGGCAAUGGGAAUGCCUUGUACGCCAACUGCACCACAGGUAGCAGUGCAAAGUUUGCCUCUGAAAUUUUAGCCACAGACAAGCUGGAUGGAAGGACGGGGGAGAGGGAAAGGCCUGUGGCAGCAGGGAGAGAGUCAGAGCAGGAGGACAAGGUGGAUGAGGGGCUGCGGGAUGGGUUCGGGGAAGGGAUGAAAGGACUAGAGGAGGACCUCGCCAGCUUUCCCAUGUUCAAAUCACCAGCACCACUUGCUCAGUGUGAAGAAAGCUCAAUAUGAAAAGGUGGUAUAAAUAACCUACUGAUUGCACCAUUUGGCGUUAUUCAAAUAAACUGAAGACUCCUGGGAGAAAUGCAAAAUGGCUACUGUCAAAUGCCUUUGAAUGGGAGCUGUGGCAUGAUGAGAGACUACAGAAAUAAAAGGGAAAUGAACGAUAAAUUUAUGUCUAAGCAUGUGAGACAUAUGGAGAGAAGUGCAAGUAAAAAAAAAAUAUUACAGUGUUGGGAUAGACUAUUUAUUGUGAGUCAGUCAGGAUGAGAGCCACAGCUAAAUGAAUGUGUCCAUUGUAAAUAAAACAUGUAAAUAUAAGAAGCGUGAGGUUUACUGUGGACAUGAACGUGAUUGUGCAAAUCAAACAUUACAGAGAAUCAAAGAUGAAAUGUCUAUAUGUGUGGACAUGGAAAAGCCAUAUUGUCUUUUUCCUUAACUUCUGUUUUUAUUUGUGAUUUUGUUAUAUUCUCCUAAUGACACUGCAAAAAAAGUGCAGUGUGAAUCUUUCAGGAUCACUGUACUGUAUCUCUCUCUCUCUGACACACGACUUAAAUCCCAGAACUUUAUGGAUCCAAAGGCACCAAAGGACAGCUGAGCCAUAGCUUGCCCAGUGAGUCUGGGCUUCUAAAUAGAGACAUCCGUAUCAGAGAUGAAGAAUCAUAAAUCACAAAGCCUUUAGAUGGCACUGACUGGGCUGUUCCUGCCUGCGCUGCCACAGAGGUCAGAAGGAUGAUAGGUUAAAGGUCACUUACCAGAUUAAUAUCAGUGUGGAAAACAGAAGAUGCACAACAGAUCCAAGAAACUGUGACAGGACACAUUCACCAUUACUGGUAAGGUAAAAAAAAAAGUUUUAUGUUAAAGAAUGUGAAAUUCAUUUUAACCCCACAGAAUGGAUCAGACAUCAACUUGUUUUGUGAGUGUGGAUUUUAACAUCAAAUGUAUUGUUUUUGAAUGUUUUGUAAUAAAGCCUAAAACGUUGCUCUUACCCUGGUAUGACUGUUCCCAUAGUGUGAAAAUCUGGAUGUGAAAAAGCUUUGAAACAGCAGGUGGUGUGUGUGCUUCUUUGGUGUGGAUCAUACCUGUAAGCGAA